AAGCGCAAGCAAGUUUCAGUUGUAUGGUAUUACUACGCCUGAAAGCAUCAGCCUAAAUUAGCGCUCUUAAAUUAUAGACUUCAAUAAUUAUUACAAAGUACUCCUUUGUGCGCAACAUUUUGUGUUUUAUUAUCCUGAAAGGACAUUAUAAUAAAAAAACAUACAUACAUACAGAGAAAGAAAGUGAAGUGCCAGUGAAGAGCAAAUUUUAUCUAAUGGACAGCAGAACCACAAGCACACAAACGUUUAUGCAAAAUAAUUACAAAGCAUUUCUUUAGUUAAUUGAAGGGUUGAAUUACGUGUUUACUAGUGGUUAAUUAUUUUUUUAAAUAAAAGUGUAAACUAUAAUAAUUGUAUACAAAAUGCCGGUUGAUAUAUGCAGUCGCCCCACAUUCACGCUGGAGCCAGAGUCCAGCUCUGUAGCCGCAUCGACCGCAGAUACCUCGUCGCUACCACCCAGAGAAAAGCCACGCAGCAUGAACAAACUCUGUCGUCAAGUGUCAAUUGAGUCGCCCGGACCGGUGGUGAAGAAUUGUGUCUUCAACUUUUUCGUACCCAUCGAAGACACACCGCCACAGGGUGCACGCAUCAAGAUUGUUUAUGCCGGUGCGUGCUUCCGUCGUCGCGAUCGUUCCGCUUCAAUUACCAGCAUGUCGUCCGUAUCGUCAGAUUUAAGCGAUUAUUGUCCGACUUUGCCCGCCCAGUCGUCACCUGCACAUCAGAUGCGUGAAAAUCCCGCACAUCAAGGUCUACGUGAGGGUACCAUUUAUGCCGGUUAUGAGGUAGCCGGUGUUAUCGAGUCGCUUGGCUCCGAAAUCACAGAUGCCAACAACUAUGGCCUACGUAUUGGUCAACGUGUUGUCGUUUAUCCAUUCGAUGAGGCACCAGCCGGUUAUGCCGAGUUAAUGGUUGUACCCGAUCUCAAAUAUAUAGUACCGAUUCCAGAUAAUUUACCACUAAGCAUUGCUGCUCUAUUGCCGACUGGUGCUUUGUUGGCCAUGAAUGCCGUCUUCAAGGCAUACGAAGUGGUUACAGAAUUGUCGAAGAAGCGUCCAGCUGAGGAGGCGAAUAAGAAAUUUAAAAUACUUAUUGUCGGCACCGGUGGUUUGGCGUUGUGGGCUGUACGCAUCGCAACACACCACUUUGCCUCGACUGGCGCCAACAAUUAUGUGGACGUGACUGUCGCCAGUCUGCGGGAUGAGGGCUUCCGCUUGGCCACAGAGAUUGAAAAUGUCAGCGUUGUGCAGUGGAAUGAGUGCCUCUAUGAGCCACAACUGAUUGAGCGCACCAAGGAUGUGUGCGGCGGACUGGUGGAUGUUGUCAUCGAUUUCGGUACAACCUCUCGCAGUCUGCAUCGUUCAAUGCACUGCCUGUCUAAGGGCGGCGUUGUGCUGAUGAGUGAGGAUGUGGCUGAGAAAUUGAUGCCCAAAUUUUCACGUUUGUCAAUCGAAUAUCAGCAAGAGAUUAUUCCCAUAUCAAACGGUACAGUGGAACAGCUGCACGAGUUAGUACAGUUAGUUGCUAGCAAAACGAUCGAACCCAUACCACAUUCGGUGUUUCCCUGCGAACAAGCAACAGAGGUCGUGCAGAAACUAUGCACCUCCGAAAUACCCGGUCGUGCCCUAUUGAAAUUUCACGAUAUCGAAUAGAUCACAACUAACGGAAUGUCACGGCUGUAACGGCGACAUCACAAGUAUUUCUUUCACAACUCCACUCCAACCGCAAGGAAUGGUGUAUGGACGCGCGAUCCUACGGUGGCAUAUAUUGAUUGUUUAACACAUAACCAACAGAAAUUAUUUGUAUGUUUAUUCUAGCAGAGGAUAAUAAUAUUUUAGAUUUAAAUCAGAAGAAAAUUCAACAACAACAAAUUUAUAGGAUUCAUGGAUAGGUAAAUAUGUAGCAUUGGUCGUCAGCACAAAAGCCAAUAAGCGCGAGUAACCAGUGUAAUUUAAUGAAAAAAAAAAUUGGUUUACAAAAAAAUUUUAAACCAGAAAUUUUUGUUUAUGAAGCAUACGAAAUUUUUAAACGCUUUUGACGACGACCAAUGCAACAUAUACCCACAUCGUAAUAAUGGUUCAUUAAUACAAAUCACACACACACUUAAGCACCACAUAUAGAGUAGGUACAUACGUUAUAUACCUAAAACAUGAAACAUGGUAUUAUAUAAAAAAUAUGCAUUCAUGCCAAUAUUGAAAACACACUCAUCCGAAAAAAACUAUCGAAAAAGGAUAACUAGCUAGCAGCUACAUAUACACACACAUUUAUGUACUCUCAAAUAUGUUUGCUGAAGUCGUAAAAAUUUAAAUUCUAAUAAAAGUGACUGAAUUCGUAGAUCGCUCAGGGGCCAGCGGCAUGAAUGCAACACUUAUAUAUGCACACAUACAUAUAAUGACAUACAUCUAAGUUUAAUGCAAACACAAGGUCACACAUUAUUGGAAAUGUACACAAACUUCUGAAUAUUUGUUGGCUUGUUGUCGCGAUUAACGAAAAGUAGUUUUUACUUUUUAAUUCACCAAACAUACACACAUACACACACACACAUACAAAUGUAGACGCGCAGUAUAAGAGCUUUUAGUUUUUAAGUUAGUUGCAAUAAAACGCUUUCAUUAGUGUUGAUUUUCUUAUUGCUUUAAGCGCAACAAAUAUUAUUGCAUACAUACAUACAUAUAUAUUUGUCAAUAUGACUUCAUUUAUUGUGAUUAUAAAAUUAAUGCUUAAUUAUUUGUUUUUUAUUACUUUUUUAUUAUUUAUUUCAUUCAUAUACAUAAAAAUGUUAAAAUAUUAUCACUUCUCCCCUCCCCCAACCAUAAUGUAUUAGUAUGUGAAUUGGUAAUUAAUUUUUAGUUGUACUUUCAAUAUUUAAUUAUAAUUACUUGCUUGUGAUUAUUUUAUAAACGUUAUAUUUUUGUAAAUAAUUAAUUAUAUAUACCUAUAUAUUUAUAUACAUAUAUAUACACAAACAUUUGUACAUACGUACGUAUGUUAACGGAUUUAUAAUUUUAGUUUGUAAUUAUUAAAAAAAAUUUUAUUCUCAGUGCAACAUACUACACAAUGAACAAAUACAUAUUAAAAAAGAAAAUAAAAGUAAACAAAUAAAAGAUGUAAUAAAAAUUCAAGUCCUUGUAGCUGUUUCAUAUUAAUUUAUUAUAAACUGUUAAUUCUAUUAUUAAACCGCUAUGUAUGCUGGUACAUAACUAAAAUUUGUACUAUUUCAAAUUAAAUAUUAUUCAAAGUUAUUGAUCAGCUGGCAGAAUUUGUUGUCAUAAGCGGCGGAAAUUUUUUGCAGUGUUGUAUGUACAAGAAUUUAAGGUAAAAUUUAUUAAAUAAAAAACAAUUAAAAUCAAA